AUGGACUAAGAAAAUAAACAAUAAUAGCUUUCUUUUAGGAAAAUUAUAAAAAACCACAAAGUUAUAUAACAGAAACUGUAUUUUAUUCUUUAUUGUUAUUAUGGGAAUUAUUUGUCACAUUAGUUCUAUCCGAAAGAAUUAAAUUAUUUGAGGCUCAUUAAGCAUUUAAGGUAAGUAUUAUAUAGCAUUAGUAUGAGCAUUGCAUAUAAUAAAUUUUGAUAUUUUAGAUUCAUCAUAAAAAGUUAUUUGCAUUAAUAGUUGCCAUUUUGCUCUUAAAAUUAUUGAUAUUAAAUUUAAUAUAAACUGUGAAUAAUACUUAUAUAAUAACUGAAUAUUAUACUGGUGGUUAUUUCAGAAAGUUCAUUAAGGUUGGAAAGUAUUAUUUUAGAGUUAUUCCUGAAGAGGAAGUCCUAAAUAUUUUAAGGGUUAUUCUAAGGAAUACAGACUUUAAUUAAAUACGGCAUCAUAAGUCAUGAUAUUACACUAGCAAAUAUACUGAUUCAUGAUUCUCAAUUCAAAAUUACAUGUUUUGAAAUUGCAUAAGAAAAAGACUAAAAUCUUGAUAUCAUAAUGAAUUCUUUAUUAAAUACAUCUUUUUAUGAUCCCUUAAAUUCUUAAAAGAGUCAAACAUUCAUCAAAAUGUGGUAUUUGGUCAUUAAGUUUAAUACUGUGUGAAAUGCUUUAUGGGAGGACACCAUGGUAUUCUAAAAAUUUAGUUGAAUUGAUGAAUAAGAUUCAAAGAUAUUUAAAUUUAUUAUCCUUCAUCCAUCUGUUACUAGUUCUACUAAAUAAUUGAUAAAAGUUUGUUUGUAAAAAAAGGGAAGAAAAAGAUGGAAUUUUGAGGACAAACUAAAGAUGUUAAUUGUAAUUCUAAUGAAAAUAAGGAGAAUUAUGCUACAAAGGAAGAUAUUCAUUCGCAAAAUCAUAGAGAAAAUAAAUCUUCUUAGAGCAAUCAAUCAAAAUUCUCUCUCUAAUUGA